AUGGGAGCUCGGGCCGUCCUGGUUGCCAUGCUGGCCGUGGCCGGUGCCGGAGCUGUCUUCUCUUUCCUCCUGGGAUGCAAGGACCUCUUUUGGGGGGAGACGGAGGAGUCUAGAGUCAGGGGCAUCGUGGCGGCAAGCACGCUCCUGGUGGACGAGGCCGUCUACUCCACGGCGAGAAGAAACCGCCACAGAAGGGAACUCAUUUCUCCGUCGCAGCUUCUGUCUUUCUCCAAACUCCCCGAGCCCACGAGCCGCGCUGCAUCCCGGGCGGCCGAGAUCAUGGAGGCGUCGGUGCGGGCGGUGAUGAGGAGGCGUUCCCUGAGGUCUGGGCUGUCCGGGCCGCCCGCAGAUGUUUUGUCAGAAGAUCUACUGAACACGAUCGCAAACCUCUCCGGAUGCCUGCCCUACAUGCUCCCCCCCAAAUGUCCAAACACCUGCCUGGCAAACAAGUACAGGCUCAUCACAGGCGCCUGCAACAACAGAGACCACCCCAGGUGGGGAGCCUCCAACACAGCCCUGGCGCGGUGGCUGCCCCCGGCCUAUGAAGACGGCAUCAGUGAGCCCAGAGGCUGGAACCCCCACUUCCUGUACAACGGGUUCCCGCUGCCCCCGGUCCGGGAAGUGACCCGGCAAGUCAUCCGCGUUCCCAACGAGGCCGUGACGGAGGAUGACCAGUACUCUGACCUGCUGACGGCCUGGGGGCAGUACAUUGACCACGACAUCGCCUUCACACCCCAGAGCACCAGCCGCGCAGCCUUCGAGGGAGGGGCCGACUGCCAGCUGACCUGCGAGAACCGGAGCCCCUGUUUUCCCAUACAGAUCAUCACCUUGAGGGAUUACGUCCCCAAAAUCCUGGGCCCCAAGGCCUUCGAGCAGCACGUGGGCCCCUACCGGGGCUACGACCCCACCGUGGACCCCACCGUGUCCAACGUGUUCUCCACGGCUGCCUUCCGCUUCGGCCACGCCACGGUCCACCCGCUGGUGCGGCUGCUGGACGCCCGCUUCCAGGAGCACCCCGGGCCCGGCCUGCCGCUGCGGGACGCCUUCUUCCGGCCCUGGAGGCUCCUCCAGGAAGGUGGUGUGGACCCCGUCAUGAGGGGCCUGCUGGCGAGGGCGGCCAAGCUGCCGGUGCAGGGCCAGCUGAUGAACGAGGAGCUGACGGAGAGGCUGUUCGUGCUGUCAGACUCAGGGACCUUGGACCUGGCGUCCAUCAACCUGCAGAGGGGCCGGGACCACGGCCUGCCAGGUUACAACGAGUGGAGGAAAUUCUGCGGCUUGUCUAGGCUGGAGACCCGGGCCGACCUGAGCGCCGCCACCGCCAACGGGAGCGCGGCCGACAGGAUCCUGGACGUGUACCGGCACCCGGACAACAUCGAUGUGUGGCUGGGAGGCCUAGCCGAGAGCGUCCUCCCCGGGGCGCGGACCGGCCCCCUGUUUGCCUGCAUCAUCGGAAAGCAGAUGAAGGCCCUGAGGGACGGUGACCGGUUCUGGUGGGAGAACCGGGAGGUGUUCACGGAGGCCCAGAGGCGGGAGCUGGGCCGGCACUCCCUGUCCCGCGUCAUCUGCGACAACACCGGCCUCUCCCACGUGCCCCGUGACGCCUUCCGGGUCGGGACGUGGCCCCAGGAGUUCGAGUCGUGCGACAGCAUCCCGGGCAUGGACCUGGGCGCGUGGAGGGAGGCCCCUCCUCCAGAGGAUGCCUGCGGCUUCCCGGACGCGGUGGAAGACGGGGCCUUCCUGCUGUGUGAGGAGUCUGGAAAGCGCGUGCUGGUGUUCUCCUGUCACCCCGGGUUCCAGCUCCAGGGGCCGGAGCAGAUCGCCUGCACGGGCCGAGGUUGGGAUUCCCAGCCCCCGGCGUGUAAAGACAUCAACGAGUGUGAAGACGUGACGGAGCCCCCCUGCCACACAUCCGCCCGGUGCAGGAACACCAAGGGUGGCUUCCAGUGCGCGUGCACCGACCCUCACGUGCUCGGCGAGGACGGCAGGACCUGCGUGGACUCCGGGAGGCUCCCGCGGGCGUCCGUGGUCUCCAUCGCGCUGGGCGCUGUCCUCAUCUGCGGCCUGGCGGGCCUCACCUGGACGGUGGUCUGCAGGUGGUAA